UGCGUCUUUCUGCCUGCCCGUCUCCGUCGGCCUGCGCGGUGCGAGUGAGCUGAGCUGCCCUGAGGCGGCGUUAAUUGCGUGAAUCCGAUAGGCUAUUGUUUUUUUUUUCGGGUGCUGCGUGGUAGGUGAUGCACUGGCUGACACAUUCUCCGCCUGACUAUCAGAGUGUGGCUCACGCUGGAUGCAGACUCAGCGUGAAUGACGUAAAAGUGAGACGGGGAUUUGGGGGCUGAAUACCGGUAUAGAGCAAAACAGAUAGUACCGUCGGAAACUGCUCAACAUCUUCAAUGCCGUACUCUACGUUCUCGGUUUAAAAGAAGCUUCUGCUAUCUUGAAUCUGAAGCAUUUCUUUUCGACUGGAACUAAAACGCCAAAGACGUUACUACAAGAAUCACUAACAAAGUCCUUCGUGCGUGAACGAUUUGAACAUGAUGCAUUUGUUGUUCUUCGGCAUCUUCGCAAAUAUCGAUAACGCCUGAAGUUUGGAAUAACUUCAACACAAGGCUGCCUCUAACUUGACCAUUUUGAUCAAGCAAGUGUCACUCUCGACAUCCUGAACAGAACCGGACAGGUUGGUUUGGAACGUUUUCAGAGCACUCACCGAUGGAUCACGCACAGCGAUCAUCCCAUCAACAAAAUUCACUCUCAUCACCGUCACCACCUCCAAUUGCACCUUCCUCACAACUCGCCACUACAAACUCCACCACUGCGACCCCAUCCAAGCCGAUUCAUCACCACCACAACCAACACCACACCAGUCUGCGAUCCAAGUCGGAACUGAUCAAUCUCAUUCCCGAGGAGACCGACGAAGAGAAGCAACGCGAGAUAGCGCAGCGCAAGACGGCGAGCGAUCGUGAAAGAACCCGCAUGCGGGACAUGAACGACGCCUUUGAGAUGUUGCGGGCGAAGCUGGCCCAUCGCAAGCAACCAGGCAAGAAGAUGUCUAAGAUCCAAGCUCUUCGCUUUGCUAUCGAGUACAUGUCGGACUUGGAGGAGACGUUGACAAUGACAACAAGAUUACCAGGUGCCGGAGGGGCUUACUACCAAUGGGCGAGAACCAGAGGCUUUAUUUGGGCCAGAGAAAAGGCUAAAUUACCGGAGUACCACAACCUGCAGCAAAUCAGUACAGACGGCAACGGUAAUUGUCUUCCUGUCAGCGAUCAGUCUCAGCUCAUGUGCCCCGUGCUCAGCGUCGAUUCUUACGGUGGGGUCGGGGCUGGUGCUACCGCUUCCCCGGUGCUGGGACAGGACAUCGGAUAUCCGUCCAACGGGAUGCAGUAUCCCAUCCCAUCUCCAAAUGACGUCACGCUACGACCGUAGCUUUAUCUCUGAAACUGCCAUCUUAGUUCUUGUUGUGUACAUAGGUAAUUACUUCUCAGUAUAUUUUACAUUAAUUUCAAAUACUAUCAGUCUAUUCGAGUGUAUAAUUUGGAUGACUUUCCUUUAGACUAGUCAAACAUUUCGUUUAGCAUACUUUUUGGCAAACCUAAUGACUCUGUGAUAGCUAGUAAUAACCUGAGCCAUAAAUGUGAUCACAGUCGUCUUGCUCUCGAAGUGUAAUAACAGGUGUUGCAUUGUGGGUAAUCUAAACCAAGGCAUCCAUCUGUUGACUAAAGAAUAUUUGGGAGCCAACUUGGAAGCUUCAAACAGAACUGUAUAUAUUGAAAUAAAUCGAUAGUGACUGGAUUUUCAGUUAGCAGUGUAAGGGGAACAGUAAUGAUAGAAGUUUUCCAAUGGUGAAGUGUUUCCCAUGAGUGUUUGUAUUAUAACCAAGUG